AUGAAUUUGAUAACUUUUGCAGCCAUCAUAUCCAUCAGCUCUGCAUCUCGGUUAUCUAAUGUUUAUCUUCCCCAAAAACAAGGGACGUCGAGUUCAGCAACUCAGUUGUCAAAUGUUUAUCUGACAACUGAGCUACUGAGAGCUCAGUUGUCAAAUGUUUAUCUUCCCCAAAAACAAAGCACGUCGAGCUCAGCAGCUCAGUUGUCAAAUGUUUAUCUGCCCCAAAAACAAGGCACGUCGAGUUCAGCAGCUCAGUUGUCAAAUGUUUAUCUCCCCCAAAAACAAGGCACGUCGAGUUCAGCAGCUCAGUUGUCAAAUGUUUAUCUCCCCCAAAAACAAGGCACGUUGAGCUCAGCAACUCAGUUGUCAAAUGUUUAUCUCCCCCAAAAACAAGGCACGUCGAGUUCAGCAGCUCAGUUGUCAAAUGUUUAUCUCCCCCAAAAACAAGGCACGUCGAGUUCAGCAGCUCAGUUGUCAAAUGUUUAUCUCCCCCAAAAACAAGGCACGUCGAGUUCAGCAGCUCAGUUGUCAAAUGUUUAUCUCCCCCAAAAACAAGGCACGUCGAGUUCAGCAGCUCUGUUGUCAAAUGUUUAUCUUCCCCAAAAACAAGGCAACAGUCAAAACUCUCUCACAGCGGCUUACAUAAGAGGAGGUUCAGACAAUGCUGGUAAUAGAAGACCUCAACAAGAACAGGACAGAAAUGCUCAAAUAUUAAAACAAGAUCAGAAAAUAACGGAAGAUGGUUUCUACUACAGCUAUGAGACUUCUAAUGGUAUCAGAGCUGAAGAGGGCGGUGAUGCUUCUCAAACCCAGGGUGGUUACUCCUACAGAGGAGAUGAUGGAAACACUUAUACAAUAACUUUUGUAGCUGGAGAAGGUGGUUUUAGACCACAAGGAGACCAUUUGCCAGUCCCUCCACCAACUCCACGAGCUAUAUUGGAAGCUUUGCUACAGAACGAAAGAGAUGAAGCCGCUGGAAUAUUUGAUGAUGGCCAAUACCGUCCUGCCAAUGGAGAUGGCCAGUCAGGAACCAGUUUCGGAUCUUCUAGUCGUCAAGGUACUUUUAAUGCGAAUACUGGUUACAGAUAUUAAAUAUUAUUUUGCUAUGUAUAUAUAAUCAUGUACGGCAUUGAAUUAUGUAGAAA